AAAGGACGUCAUAUUCACGAAAGUACCAAAUACUUCAACAGUGCUUCUCUCCGGGAACGAUUAGAAAAAUACCUUACAAGUGAAUGUAGGCUAUGAAAAAUCUCCCACACAACAUCAAAAUGCGUGUCCUAAAAGCAAUCGAGUGGAUAAAAACGGUCGCCUUAAUGCCCCUGACUCCAAAACACUUAAGGAUUUCCGCAAUAUUGAUCGCAAUUUACCAAGUGCUCGUUGCACAUGUUAUACUGUUCGUGAUGUUGAUGGGCUUGGCCCAUGCCGAAGAAAUGCGAACCAUUUUAGGAAUUGAUAUUGCGGAUCAAAAGGAACGGGAGGACUAUUAUGAAGUGGUUACGAAUGCUAAGGGUGAAUCCUUGAAUCAAAUUCGCUUUAAGUCGGCUUCACAUUUGGCCUCAUUUACGCUGUUAAUUCUUUAUAUUGGGACUGUGGUAGCUUCGGUAAACCUUUUCAGUUCGCUGGGGUUGUUUAUUGGUGUUUUUAAAAAUAAAACGGAACUAAUGCUUCCGUGGCUAGUGCUGGACAUGCUGGGAGUCGUCAUAAUCCUUGCGAUUAUGAUUUUUGUUGCAAAUGGGACGUUUGUUUGCUUCGUUGGAGGACAAUGGCAAUAUAUGUCCCUAUGCGUCGCCUUCAUUCUAUUCGAUAUAAUAAUUUGGUACACAAUCUACUGCUAUUACAUCAGCAUAAGGCAAAUACGGAAAUUAACGGAAAUCGCUACUGUUGCAAUUCCUUGCCCACCGCCAGGAUCGAUUCCAUUCCACUACCGAAAGGAGAACAUGUAUCUAGGAAGUGGCGGCUAUAAACAUAUUCUAGCCGACUGUGAUCCCAAUUACCAAGCUUAGAAGGAAUUGGUAAAAAUAGCGAAUAAAGUCUUAUAUUUAAAUAUUUAAAACAUGAUGCGUUUAGUGAAUACAUAUACAUAUACUACAGGAUUUUCCAAAAUAUUUAAAAGGAUUUCGAAAGUGUUUGUUUAGCUUUCCAACACUAUCUGUUAGGAGAAGAAUUUAGUAAAACUUUUGUGCAUUUAUUCGAAUAGAUGACGACUUACAAGAUUUAAUUGUUUAUUUUAGAAACAGAAAUAAUAAGCUUAUUUUAUUAAAAAAAA